UUAAAUAGAAAAGUUGGAUUCUAUAGAGUUUGCAUAAAACUAUGCAAGUUAUUUCUUCUUUUAUUGAGAAGCAGAGGAUGCUGUGAUUAAGAAAUGAAUUCAACAAGAUUCAUUUUGGUUUAGUACUUUAAAUGAGUAUUGUGUUCGAGCUAUAUAAAACAUGUUUAAAAUGUCAAACUUGUAUUUGGGAAUAUCCAAGAAGGAAACUAUUGGAUUUAUGGAUUUCUGAAGUUACUUACAUUCUUCUCUUGUCAUGAAUUGUACUGUUUCUCAAUGUUGUGUCUAUAAGUGGAAAUCCACUACUAGAUAUAGCAAGUGAUGAAAGAAAUACACUUAAGAAAGGCUGCACAUGGGGAUUGUGUUAAAACUUUUAUAUGUGCUUGUCUUCCCUCACCAAUAAUAGAAUCCUGGUUUGCUCUUAGAAGAUGGGUAUAGAUCCUUCAUAUGCAUGGGAUUUUGAGGUUACUGGUUUAAAGCUAGGACGAGGAAGACUGACUUGCAUUAAUGAUAUUUUAGUAUCUGUAUCCCAUUUAUUUUAUAGAAUAAGAAUGGAUAAGAGGCUCAUGGGAUUGACAUGAGGAGGUGGGGAUGGCGCUAUAUUUCUGGGAGCGAACUCCAAACAAAUAUGAAGCGCAUAGAUACAAGUUAUGCCUUUGAAUGAAAUACAGUUAUGAUUGAAUCAACUUUUCCUUAUUAUUGUUACCUUUUAAAAAAGACUGUUUUAAAGGCAAUAUGCUUGCUUAAAGGCAAUAUGCUUGUUAAGAUUUAUCUUUGUGGCUCUUGAAGAAUUUAUGAGCUUGUAUCAAAGAUAGGGGUACGUUUUAUUCUAUUGUCCCAGCCUCAGGCUUGUUAUCUUUUUCUGUUAUUACCUUUUUUUUUUCGUGUGAUAAAAUUGGCAACUAGGACAUCUCCACUCUCUUCCUCCCAUUUCUUUUCUAGAGGUGUCAUUUGUUUGUUUACUAGGUGCCAUGGGGUUCAAGCAGUCAAACUUUCUGAACUUGGAAUCUUUAGAAGGAAGUUUGCAGGACUAAAUACAUAUGGAUCAUUUGUAUCUUACUAUUAGUUAUUUUAUAUUUCUCCAGUUGUUACCUGAUGCUGUCCAGUAAUAACAUUUAUUUAUGCAGAUUGGUCAAGGCACUUACAGUAAUGUUUAUAGGGCCCGUGAUCUUGAUCAAAAGAAAAUUGUUGCUCUGAAGAAAGUAAGGUUUGAUAACUUGGAGCCUGAGAGUGUCCGCUUUAUGGCGAGGGAAAUUCAUAUUCUCCGUCGGCUCGAUCAUCCAAAUGUCAUAAAGCUGGAAGGUUUAGUUACAUCAAGGAUGUCUUGCAGCCUGUAUCUUGUUUUUGAAUACAUGGAACAUGAUUUGGCUGGGCUAGCCUCACACCCGGGUCUGAAAUUUUCAGAGCCCCAGGUUAAAUGUUACAUGCAGCAGCUUUUACUUGGACUUGAUCAUUGCCACAGCCGUGGUGUCCUACAUCGUGACAUAAAGGGAUCCAACCUUCUAAUUGACAACAAUGGCAUCUUAAAAAUUGCAGAUUUCGGUCUUGCAAGUUUUUUUGAUCCCCAUCAAAGUCAACCGCUGACUAGCCGUGUAGUGACUCUUUGGUAUCGACCACCUGAACUCUUACUUGGGGCUACUUAUUAUGGGACUGCUGUGGAUUUAUGGAGUACCGGUUGCAUACUCGCUGAACUGUAUGCUGGCAAGCCUAUUAUGCCUGGAAGAACUGAGGUGGAGCAGUUGCAUAAAAUUUUCAAGCUGUGUGGUUCACCUUCAGAGGAUUAUUGGAGAAAAUCGAAGUUGCCUCAUGCUACCAUUUUUAAGCCUCAACAGCCUUAUAGACGUUGUGUUGCAGAAACAUUUAAGGAGUUCCCUGUACCUGCUUUAACGCUUAUGGAAACCUUACUUUCAAUAGAUCCAGCUGAUCGUGGAACUGCGGCUUCUGCUCUCAAGUGCGAGUUCUUUACAACAAAACCCCUACCAUGUGACCCUUUGAGCUUGCCGAAGUAUCCUCCCAGCAAAGAGUUCGAUGCAAAAAUAAGAGAUGAGGAAGCUAGAAGGCAAGGGCCAGCAGGAGGCAAGGGCCAGAGGCUUGAACUUGAAAGGAGAGGAACAAGGGAGUCUCGGGCUGUUCCAGCACCUGAUGCCAAUGCUGAGUUAGCUGUAUCAAUGCAGAAAAGGCAAGGCCAUUCUAAUUCUAAGAGCCGGAGUGAGAAGUUCAAUCCUCAUCCAGAAGAAGUUGCUUCUGGAUUUCCAAUAGAUCCACCUAGACCAUCUCAGGUGACAGAAUCAAAUGUAGAUCCACCUCAGGGACAUCCAUAUAAAAGAGCCUCCCAUUCAGGACCACUGGCUCAUCGAGCUGCAUGGGCAAAGGCUGGCAAAAACCUAGACGAUGCUUCAAAGAUUUCGACUGGGGCUGACUUGUCUGCAAUGUCAGGAUUAGCCGCAGUGAGGAGGAGUUUAUUAUCUGAAGAACGCAGUGAGAGGUGUGGUUCUUCGCAAGGAGAAGCUCCUAAACUGAUGACAAGGUUUCCUGGCUCCUUCAAGGAGACCUCAGAAACUUUGAUACAACAGGAUCAAAAGCACCACUGCCAGGGUUCUCAUCAGAAGGAUGAUGGAAGAAUCAGCAGUAAAGAUCCAGUUCUUCUUGGUUAUGGGUCAAAGGGACACAAAAUUCACUACUCCGGACCAUUGAUAGUUCCAUCAGGAAAUAUGGAUCAGGUGCUUAAGGACCAUGACCGCCAAAUCCAAGAAGCUGUCAGGCGAGCACGCAUCGACAAGGCAAAAAUCAGAAAAGUUCAGGUGGAAGGGAACCAAAUAUCAACAAAUUCAUUAUUUGUUUCUGGUCGGUGAGUUGAGAUGAAAUUAAACCCCGUGCAUUGGGGGAUAAAAAAAAGAGAUUACUGGGGAGUUCACUGCAGAACUAUUAGUACAGUGAUUUUCUCUUGUGAAGUAUGAUUGAUGGGGUUUUUGUAUAGAGAAUCUAAGUAGGAAGAGGGUUGUCUUGGUGAAGAUGGCUGGUGGCAGUAUUCAGUAAAAAGUUUAUAGCUUAGAAAUGCUUUUUUUUUUUUUUUUUUAUUUAAUGCAAUUUAUCAUAUCUAUUCCUUACAACUGGCAACUGUAAUUUCGAAAUUUCCCAGCCCAUUCUUGUAGAGCUUAUUGUUAGUGAUGAAAGUUAUGUUGAAACCUGACAACGCGAUAAAGAAGCAAUAUGAUGUUGUAUGUUCGUCCCA